CAUUUUGCCCUCGUCACUGCGCUUGUGCUGAUUAUUAAAAACACCGUGAAAAUAUGUGGACUCAAAUUUCAGAUCGACGUAGAAAUUCAACUUAUUUUCUGGAUAUUUGUUUGAGUGAUGAAUGGAGAUGAGAGGAAGGAAGAUGGAUCUAAUGAUGAGAGUGAGCAGCAGUUGGAGGUGUUAAUGUGCGGGUAUUUUCCGGGAGUGACUGCGCAAAGAUCUCCAUUGAAUUCGCCGGCGAGUGUGCGGUUUCCGGAGGCGGAGGCGUCCGGAGAUUCGUGGAAGGAUAUUUGCGCCGGCGGAUGCGGCUUUGGCAUGGCGAUUUCCGCCUCUGGGAAACUUGUUACUUGGGGUUCCUCUGAUGACCAAGGCCAAAGCUAUUUUGCCUCAGGGAAACAUGGGGAGACUCCAGAGGUGUAUCCACUUCCAUCACCUAAUCCGAUCACGGAAGCUGCUGCCAGCUGGGCACACUGUGUUUCAGUAACAGACAAAGGUGAAGUGUACACAUGGGGUUGGAAGGAGUGUGUUCCGUCUGUAAAAAUCACCUGUACUUGGAACACUUUAAAAACUAGUGAAGAUCAAACUGGCGAAAGACAGAGUUCAACAAUAACUGACCAAGUUUUGGGUUCAAAUGACAAAUUAUCUGGAGAUGAGAUGCUAAAACGGAGAAAAGUUGUUCCCCAGCAAGACUCUGAAGCAUUAACCCCUGCAGAUGAAACACUUUCAAUGCCGCCUUGUCCUGUAAGUCUGGAUCCUGGGGUGAGGAUCACCUCAGUUGCAGCAGGCGGACGCCAUACUUUAGCAUUGUCAGAUGUGGGACAGGUAUGGGGUUGGGGCUACGGAGGAGAAGGCCAGCUUGGUCUAGGAUCUAGGAUAAAAAUGGUGGCAUCUCCUCAUCUUAUACCUUGUAUUGACCCAUCAUUGAAUGGAGGAGGGAGCUCUGGAGUAAAUAAUCAAAAUAGUGAUGACUCAGCAGCUGAACGAAAAAAAUCCAUAGGAAAUUACGUAAAGGGUAUUGCAUGUGGAGGCAGGCACAGUGCAGUGAUAACAGAUACUGGUGUGCUUUUUGCCUUUGGCUGGGGUCUUUAUGGGCAGUGUGGACAAGGAAAUACCGAGGAUAUACUGCGACCAACAUUUGUGCCUUUUCUAAGGGAUUCUCAGAUCAAAGCUGUUGCUGCAGGACUUUGGCAUACGAUAUGCAUAUCUUCUGAUGGACGUGUUUAUGUCUUUGGUGGGAAUCAGUUCGGCCAACUGGGGUUGGGAACACAUCAAGAUCAGUGUGAGGUUGUCCCCCGCCUUUUAGAUGCUUCAGUUCUGGAAAGUAAGAAAGCCAAAAUCGCAUCCUCUGGGGCUCGUCACAAUGCUAUCCUGACAGAGGAUGGUAAACUCUUCUGCUGGGGGUGGAACAAAUACGGUCAGCUCGGCCUAGGAGAUGCGGUAGACAGAAACAUCCCAGAGGAAGUAACGCUCAAGGAAGAUCACAAGAUGAAGAAUGUUGCAUGCGGUUGGUGGCACACACUGUUGCUCUGUGAGACAACUCGAACAAACUAAAGUUGCAUAAGGCGACAUGGGGUCUUCCUGAACGUCUUUAGGUUGUUGCAACUAUGCACUGCACAAUAUUUAUUUUGCUGCACUUUCAUGGCCUGCAUCUCUAUGUAUUUUGUGAUUUCCCCCCUGGCUUUGUUCACAUUUUAAAGUGAGAUAGGAACGGAGGAGAUAGUGAUAUCAGUGUGUUCCUAGUGAUCUCACAGGAACAAAGCUAAUGGUAGAUUCUUAGAAGCAUUUUUUUUCCUUUCUUGGAGCAGUAGGUUGGAUUUCAAAAUUCAGGUUCCAAAUGUAUGUAAAUUCUGCCAUUGUAUUUCUGUCUUAUGUUUUGGAAGAUAAAAAUACAUGUUAUCUCA